UGUAAAUAGCAAAAGCAGACAUGAGCGCAGCAGAAAAGGCAAUACAAUCUGCAAUAAUUGCUUUUAAAAAGCGCUACGGUUACAUCAGUCCACAAAAGUCAGGAUCGCCUAGCAUUGUCUAGGAAAACCAAGUAUUUACAGGUGAAGGGGUGUGGUUUCAAGAAUGUGCUCCGACAGAGUCAUUUCCUCACCAGACACGACUCGGUUACAAAUACGCUUGACACUCAUGGAACUCAUGACUGUGUAUCAGGAUCACAACAUCUACAAUUGCAUCUGAGUAAACAGAUCAAAUGUUGAACCAGCACUCAUCGGAGACCAUGAUGGCCGUCAUCUGGACCCCGGGAAUAAACGAGAACAAUCCCCAUGAUGAGACCCUGCAGUACCUGCUCAUUCUGUGCUCCAAAGUAACUCUGAACACAAUUGUUCUGACUUUCUGGAGGCACAGCAUUCUCAAGUCACUCCUGGGGAUCUGCAGUGUCUCUAUGUACGUGGCAGACAUGCUGCUGCUCAGUGCUGUCACCAGCGUGUGGCUCGUCAAAGAAAACCUUCCCACCUCUACCUCGAUGUGCUUCAUCCUGGCUCAUGGAUCGACUGUCUACGCCCUGCUUCCUCUACCCAUACUCAUUGCUGGGGCAUUUGACUAUGGCAGUUACCCAUACCAAGAAGUUAACUUAAGCUCUCAGCGCAGGGCUGUAAGUUACUGCAUUGUGGUAGUGCUUAUGUGGACAUUAGCGUGCGGUUACACCUACAACUACACGGACACACAACCUAUGGAGAUUUACAAAGACAACGUCAGACUCCUGGUGUGUCGUGUUCAUGGAUCUAGUGUAGCGUUUCAAUUUAGUAUGCAGGUAUCGAUUGCAGUGGUUCUUAUAUUACUGCUUUAUUUUAAGAAGAUGAUUGGUUGGAUCAGAAGAGCCAAUAAACUGGCAGCGAAAGAUCAAAACUUCCUGAACAGACAGGAUGGGGGAUGUGGAAAUUCUGAAGUUGAAGAAAAUUCCACUCCUCUAUUUGUCAGUCUGACUCUAGGUUUUGCAUCGAACUGGAUGCCCUACCUGUUGAUGUGUUUGGCAUGUGCCUUGAUGGGCUUUGUGGUGCCAGCUUAUGCCAGUGUCAAUCUUCUGUGGAUGGCCUGCGCCAACAGUGUACUAGUUGGCAUUGCCUUUUGGUUUAGGAGUGAUGGGAGUGGACCUUUAGGAAAAUUUCCAGAUGACACUUGUUUGUGGAAAAACUACUGGCACUUGAGCAAAGGAACUUCACCAACCGUGGACGCAAAGCUUACCAAAAGAUUAUACAUAAUUGUUCACAAGCCUGCUAUGACUUCUCAAGAGAUCUAGCCUAAAAUGUUUAAAUGCUGGCAUGAUACUCUGUCUUGCAAUCAUACAUGUUAUAAGCAAGUUCAAAUCUAUAGUAGUGUUGUCAAAAGUCCAGAGUCUACCGACUGAGAUACAUUUGAAAUCUUAAAAACACUAAGGUUUGAGCGCUGUUGAGCAGAUUCUUAAACAGAAUUGAUUGGUCAUUGUUUUCAUGUGCUCAACAGAUACGCCUGUGAUUGGCUUCAGAUCCAUUUAUGUGCAGAAAUAUUAGGGAUCCGCUGAUGGAUCCAUAUUAAAAAUUUCAGUACCGAAUGGUAUCGCAUUCGAAUGGAAGAGCAUUAAGUGAUGAGCAUUGAAGCCAAUCACAAAUGUUGAGCACGUGAAAACAAUGGCCAAUCAGCACUGUUUAGGAAUCUGUUUAACAUGCUUUUGUAUUACAAACAUUUUGAGUUCCUAGAAGUCACAAUGAGAGACAGAUAUAUAUAUAUAUUGUGAUUUACCUCUGAGUGUAACAUAAUUACUGGGGAAAAAUUUAUAAUGAAGACUUGCUUUUAUACAAUGAUUGAAUUUUGAUGUGGGUGUUCACUCAAAAAUGAGUGAAUGGUUUAUUUAAUAAGACCAAAUGAUUGGAGAUGUCGGGCAUACAUCACCAAAGAGAAGUCAUUUUGAUUAAACAUUAUGACUAGGUGAAAGAAGUAAAAAAAAAAAAAAAUUAAACAUUUGAAACAAACAUGGCUCAGUCACAGUAAGAUCUAUGCAAAAUACUUGGUGCUACAUUCACAUGUUGCGCCUAAAAUUGCAUGGAAAACGCUAGAUGCUUUCUGCUUUUUCCCCAAAGAGUUCAGGCACCUGCUGUUGCUAACCAAUCACGACCAGCGCUCUUCAUGAAGAUGCUUAAAGUUUCAGCCAAGGAAAAAUGAUUUGCAGCAAUAAAAAUCGCUUGCAGUAGGUCUGCUAUUAAAUUUAUUUAAAAAUGGCUAUCACUGUACAGCUAUGAUCAGCUGUUUCUUCAUUUUGGCUGAGCUUUCAAUGCUGUUACGGGAAAGGAUGAAGCUGAUUGGUUAGUUCUUGUCACAUGACCCGCGUUGCGCUUGCAGCAUUAUGAAAAGUAGAACGGUUUUUAUCUCAAUGCAGUGCGGAAAUAAUGAGCGCAUCGCACAGCAUUGCUUCCAUUAUGAGUGCAUUCGAAAUAACGAGCCUGAGCGAGCAAAAAGAUGCAAUAUGUGAAUGGCCCCUAAUUCUUAGCCACUAUCACAAGUAAACUUACCAACGGAUGCAAUACCAGAAUUAACUGCUAUAAGCUGAAAAAAAACUAAACAAAAUCCAACAUGCCAAAUAUAUCAAGAUAAAUGUCUAAAAUUCUUACAUUUCAUUCCACAGAAAAAAAGCAUAAAUAAAACAACUGACAAUUUUUUUAUAUUUGUGAGUUACGUUUGUUUGUAGGGCAUGUUCACACCGAGCGAUAACGAUAACUAUAUCUACAAUGAUUACUAUAUUUGUGUCCACACCAGUGAAUGACAAUGGUCUGUUUAUUGUAAGCUUGUGCGCUGAGUUUCAAAGCAAUGGAAGUGGAUGUAGGUGACCUGCUGCUAAUUACGUUUCACAAAGAAGGAAGAACAGAUGCUUUGGGGUUUUCAGUUUUUGCUGUUCUUGAUCUAUGUUUCGAGUACAACAGUGAAUGUAGCAAAUGUAAUCUAUCUGAUCUGUAACAGGGAAUUUAGCUUAUGCAGUCAAUGUAAGGAAAUAUAAACAAUACAUAUUGGGAAACAAUAUGCUGUCUUUUCUACUGCAACUUUAAAUGGGUCAUCGGAUGCACAUUUUCCACAAGCUGAUAUGAUUCUUUAGGGUCUUAAUGAAAAGUCUAACAUACUUUGGUUAAAAUUUCUCAAUUGUAGUGUAAAAAACAUACAUGCAUAGCAAAUAUGUUCACUGAAUUACUAAUAAACCUAACAGUCUGCCUUUAGUCACAUCCCCAUAGCAGGAAUCAGUUUCCAGAAGAGAUAAGAUGUGCUAAUACAUUAGCCACAUUUAAAUUUAGACUUUAGCUGUGCAUUUAUUGAAUGAGCACUGUGCAAUGUCCGAACUAAUUACACUGUGUUUUACGUAUUCACUGUAUGUUAUGUAAAAUCAU